CGUAACAAAUUCAGAGUCCCACUAGAUUCAUUGUUUCCAAUUAAGUCACAAUUCAUUCUUCUUCAUCAUAGGUCAAAAGUAGAAACAUUUCAAAAUAUCAUAAAAGCUCAUAAAGUAACACGAAAAAUUGGCCACGUCAUCAACUCCUCCUCCCUCCAAACGACGUCGUUCGACAAAUUUCCCUCCAAACGGCGCCGUUCAGCAAAUUUCCCUCCUAUUUAAUCCAAACCUUAACCGCUCUUAAUUCAUUUCAAUUCCAAAUUCCAAUAAUCGGUUUUCAUACAAGUUUCAUCCAAGUUUCAGAAUCCAAAAUUAUACGGUUUUGGAGCUGAAAUUAGGGUUUUGAAAAUGCCUGCUGAGAAUUGGGACGGUGAAGGUGAGCCAUUCGUUGAAACCGAUCCAACAGGAAGAUUCGGUCGUUACAGUGAUUUACUCGGUUACGGUGCUGUGAAGAAAGUCUACAGAGGUUUUGAUCAAGAAGAAGGAAUCGAAGUUGCAUGGAAUCAAGUUCGGCUUAGGAAUUUCAGCAACGAUCCUGUUCUUAUCAAUCGUCUUCAUUCCGAAGUUGAAUUGCUCAGGAAUUUAAGUAACAAGUUCAUCAUUGUUUGUUAUAGUGUUUGGAAAGACGAUGAUCGUGGUAAUAUCAAUUUUAUUACUGAGGUUUGUACGUCGGGGAAUCUUAGGGAUUAUCGGAAGAAGCAUCGGCAUGUUUCCAUUAAGGCCUUUAAGAAAUGGUCGAAACAGGUUCUUGAGGGGUUGGAGUAUCUUCAUACGCACGAGCCUUGCAUUAUUCAUAGGGAUCUUAAUUGCAGUAACAUCUUUGUUAAUGGAAACAUUGGUCAGGUGAAAAUUGGUGACCUGGGAUUGGCUGCCAUAGUGGGAAGAAGCCAUGCAGCACAUUCAAUUCUAGGGACUCCUGAGUAUAUGGCACCUGAGCUGUAUGAGGAAGAUUACACUGAGAUGGUGGACAUAUACUCUUUUGGAAUGUGUUUGCUCGAAAUGGUUACAAUGGAGAUACCAUACAGUGAAUGUGACAGUGUAGCCAAGAUAUACAAAAAGGUCACUAUGGGAAUCAAGCCUCAAGCCUUGAGCAAUGUCAGAGAUCUAGAAGUGAAAGCAUUCAUUGAGAAAUGCAUAGCACAACCAAGGGCAAGACCUUCAGCCACUGAUCUUCUUCAGGAUCCUUUCUUUUUUGAACUCAACAAUGGUGAAGAAUCAACAUCUAUCACGUCUUAAGGAUCCUUUCUUUUUUGAACUCAACAAUGGUGAAGAACCAGCAUCUAUCACUUGAGUUUCUUCAUUCACACGUAUUCAUUUGUUGCCACCCUUAUGUCACAACUAUAUACCUUUUACUUCCAAUUACUAUCCUACUUUCAACUGGAUCAAGUUGAAGUCACAAACAUCUCACUUGUCCGUUCAAGACCGGACAAUUCACAUUUUAGGUUUAGUAUCUUGGAUUUCAAACAAAUCAAAAUUUGUUUUAAAAUCUGAAUUGUUUCAUCUUAAUCGGACAACUGAGAUGUGUGGUAAUCCAAAUUCCUUACAACUACACAAUUGACAUGUUAGUAUAUGCAUUUCAACUACACUUUCAUUUCACUAGAGUAAUGUACAUAACCUCAUAAUUCACUAUAUCUGUAUUGUACAUAACUUCAUAAAUGGAUUGAACUAUAGACUUUUCUAGUA